UGACCGCGGUCCGCGUAUUUACGUUCUUUCUCAUAAUACAUGGCUUUCAAUAGUGCCACGGAUGCCAGUCAUCUUCACCUCAGUUUUCCCAGUUCAUUGGAAUAUAUACAAUAAAACAAUGCGUAAAUUCCACUCAAUCCUCCAGUGAACUUCGUUGUAUAAACCAAUCCUUGUGCUAUUUAGAGUAAAUAAUAAUCUAACAAAGUUUAUGUUAACCUCUAAUGUUAAUAAUUUAUGUAUCAUUAAAAAUAGACAAUAGUCUUACAUUAAGGACUUCGUAAUCUGAUAAAUAGGUGAUUAAUUACAAUAGUACCUGGAUAGUUGAAGUUAUGAUAAAAGCGAACUAUUUUUAUUUAAGUGAAAAUUUUUACAUGGACCAAUUAGUUAACUCGGCUACCUGGGAUCAUAUUGAUUGAAUAAUUCCCUACUCAGAUACAAACCAUCACUUGAUCCAAUCACCGAACGGCAAAUUCACAUUGUCAAAAAAAACUCAAUUUCCGAAAUUCGUUGCAUUCCAACCCACAGUAGCUCAUAUUUAUUUUCAUAAAUUAGCUACGUAUUUUACAAUGUAUCACUUCGAAGUACGAGUGAGUCUAUAAAUACUCAUUAGAACCUACUCUGUAAUUAAUUUUAAUUUAUUUAUACUCUGGUAUUUUUUUGGAUGGUACAAAAAAUCACUUUUGAAGGGAAAGUCAAUUUUGUUGAUAAAUUAAAUAAAAGUAAUUAAUCAUCCGAUGGAAAUCACGGGUGAAUCAAUUUCAAGACGGAACGUAACGACAUCGCAAUUUGUCGUCACGCUUGGAUCAUAAAUUUGUGAUCAUGGACUUGAAAUACAUGAUACCAUAAAAUCCAACAGUCACAUGCGCCACUAAACGAAUCGCUCGCUUAUUUUUUAUUUUCUUCAUCGGCAAUUGAAACCAACGGAUAAAAAAAAUCUUAAUAAAUUAUAUAUCAGACCUAAACUAUAUUGAUACCAAUAACGAUUACAAAAAAAAAGUUGUAGUCAGACUAUUCCGUGAGGACAAUAAUUGAAUAGUGUUUUGGAUUUUCAUGUCAAGAAUCCAUCAGAGACUCGAAAGUGCUCGAAAAUAAGGAAUGCUAUUGUGUGUUAUGUUGAAUUAAUCAGAAGUGUUAAGUUUCCGUGAUAAAAAAGUGCUGGGGGAAAAAAAGAGGUGAUGUUUAAUGGACCACCGACGGGUCCAUCACCCCUAGAGCAACGAGAUCGCCUAGUCGGGACUAAUGGUGUCAGAACUGAAUCAUCGGAAAAUAUUUUUCCAAGUAACAGACAAACAAACAGUAGUACGGUGAUUGUUGUUGAUUGUGAUAGUGGCGGCGGUGAUACCAGUGCUGAGGAAAUUGACUUUAACGGUCUAUUGGAAAGGUUACCGGUAUUUAGGCGGCCCGGUCGCAGCUGUAGCAGAAGUAGCUGCGGUAACAGGUGCCAAUUGAGUCACAGUUUUCAGCCACGACGGAGUUCAGCGCUGGGGCAAAUACACGAGCUCUGGUUCAGAGAAACAAGGUCGAAGACGAUACAGUCGAACGUAUAACAACGGCCCUGAAGACGCGGGCGCCUUUAACUGCCCCCUCUAUUAGGGGGAGCAUCGAGUGGCGACGACGCCGACGGAGACGGAAGAAAAAGCGAAGACGACGGAGGUGUGGCGUAGUGUCGUCAGCGAGCUGGUCGGAAGAUCAAAAGAUAUUAUUUAUUGCAGUAUCAGAAGAUUCUGAGCAGUUCACCGUCCAAAUGCAGCAGACGACGAACUUUGACAAGUGACGCCUUUUUUAAAUGAGAAUAAAAUAAUAUUUAAAUAGCGCUCUCCUCCCUAUUAACGUAAGCUUUUGAAAAGUGCUUCAGUUGUUCCAAGUUAUAGUCUAAUGUGAUAAAUGUUUUUACCAAGUGAGCCCAGUGUAUGUGAUGUGAUAAGUAAAGAGAAGUAAAAAUUUUCAUGUAUAAGUUAUCUACGUAAAAAGUGUGAGUGUUAUGAUAAAAAGUGAGUGAUAAGUGAUAUAUCGAUGAUCUUACGCAAGUACAAAAGAAUUAAUUUAUAAUUUAUAAUAACGGAAGUAAUUUAAAGCAUAGUUUUAUUGUGAAGUUGUUGUGUUUGUGUAAAGUGCACAAAGUAGGUGAAAAAGUGAGGGAUUACGUUGACAGUACAGUAGCAUGAGUUCUUACUUUGCGAAUUCAUAUAUCCCGGACCUGCGCAAUGGCGGGGUGGAACACCCCCAUCAGCACCAGCAGCACUACGGGGCUGCCGUUCAGGUGCCUCAGCAGGGCCAGAGUGUGCAGCAGCCACAGCAGGCUGCAGAUCCUUGUGAUCCAUCAAUGCUCAGGCAGGGGGUUCCUGCACAUCAUUAUGGUGCAGCAGGUACUCAACAGGGGAUGCCCUAUCCGAGGUUUCCACCUUAUGACAGAAUGGAUAUUAGAAACGCCGCUUACUACCAACAGCAACAAGACCAUACGAGUAUGGACGGUAUGGCUGGAUAUAGAUCCUCUUCUCCGGGCACGGGGAUGGCCCACAUGGGUCACACACCCACGCCAAAUGGUCACUCUUCGACGCCCAUUGUCUACGCGAGUUGUAAGCUACAAGCUGCAGCAGUUGACCACCAGGGCACUGUUCUUGAUGGUCCAGAUAGCCCGCCACUUGUGGAUACACAGAUGCAUCAUCAGAUGCAUGCACAGCAUCCUCACAUGCAGGCCCAACAGUCCCAGCUUACGCAGCAGCAACAAUCACAGCACCAGCAUAUCCAGGCGCAACAACAACAUAUGCUGUAUCAACAGCAGCCGCAGCAACAACCAAAUAAUCAAAACCAACCUGUUGCCAUUCACACUCAGCAACAGGCUCAGACACAGCAACAUCAAGGUGUUGUAACGUCACCAUUAGGACAACAACAACAAAGUGCACCUCAGGGUGCAGCGAGCGCAAACUUACCUAGCCCACUCUACCCUUGGAUGAGGAGUCAAUUCGAGAGGAAACGGGGUCGGCAAACGUAUACACGUUACCAAACACUUGAGCUGGAGAAGGAGUUCCACUUCAAUAGAUACCUGACGAGACGACGACGUAUUGAGAUAGCACACGCUCUUUGUUUGACAGAACGGCAAAUAAAGAUUUGGUUCCAAAACAGGCGGAUGAAAUGGAAGAAAGAGAAUAAAACGAAGGGUGAGCCUGGAUCAGGCGACGGCGACACCGACAUUUCGCCCCAGACCUCUCCACAGGGUUGAGAACCUGAAAGAAGAGUCAAGGUCUUCCAAAGAGCUUCUCAUCUCUCAGGGUUUCGCGAACCUUGUCUCCAACACUACCUCCGAUAUCCCUUCCCGAGACUCACUUGAUAACUCUCUCUUAAAGAAAUGAAAUACCCAGAUCCCCCUUUUUAUGUUUUGCAAAUUACCUCCCUCAGUAAUGACGCUUACCUUGUCGUGUUAAUCAAGUUGCUCGUACCAAAAAAGAUGAUAAAGAGAAAUAAAAUAAAACGUAUAAAGUGGAGUGACCGAGAGGUGAUGGAUUAUUAAGUAGUUUGACUGUGAAAAUUUUAUUCAGGUCGA